AGUUGGAGACAGAAAGAAGGGAAAAUGAAGCAGAGUGAAAGAUAAGGUGACCGGGAGAAAGAAAAAGGAACUUGUUAACUACAGGACUCUGAGCAAGAUAUUUUUCUUCCCUUUACAAGUUAGAAGCUGUUGAAUAAUUCAUCCCAGGCAUAGAAAGGCUGUCUCUUCCCUGAGUGAUGUAUCGCUGAGCAGGAGAGAGCUUCCAGUGGGUUCACCAUAGCAGCCACCGCUCCUGCUUCUGAGCACAGGGCGCUCUCCUCCAGCUCAGCUUCUGCCUUUGCAGCCAAGCGUCCUCUGGCUGUGCCGCCUGCCCACCGCCCGGGCUUGCAGCGGCCACUUUACUUUCCCGAGCCCCGCUGCCAGCUGAGAAGUCUCCUGCAGCUGCUGCUUCCUGCCUGGUGCCAUGUGUGUGGAUGCGGCUCGGGAGAAGCGGGGCACUUGCUCCUGGCACGGAGCCCAGCGGAGUUUCCCCUGUUGAUUCCUGGACCGCAGAUGCUGCUGCUGAGGAGGUAUUUCCUGGCAUCCCUCCCUCUGCGAUCGUCAGCUAAGGACCGGCCCCGAGACCAGGUACCCCCACCCUCUCCCUCUGGCACGUCCCGGGUUGGGGUAGCUCUGCUCUCUGCCGCUAGCGAGGGGCUCCGGCCGGCAUGUGGCGAGCGCUGUGCGUGCGCGCACGCCGUUGUCUCGGGGAAGCGGAGCGGGUCCCUGGCGUUGCCGGCCCGGGGCUUCGCAGGUGCCUGCUGAACGCGGGGCGGCCUUUCCCGGCGCGGGAGACAUUUCCGAGGCAGGCACCUGUCAUCUGCCGCCCCCGUCCUCCUGGAGCGCCCUCUCCCCCUCCCCCAGCCCAUCCUUCCGCCUCAGCCUUUGUGCGGCUGGCAGAGGGCUGCAGCGAUGUCUUUGCCUCCCCAGCCGGCAAGUGUCAGGAUGGGCAGCGCUGCGAGAAGCCGACGCUAGGGCGCGAGCAGGUGCGAAGCGUGGCCAGAAUGACCAACUCCUCCUCCGCGGCCACCUCCUCCACCACCGGGGAAUCGCUGCUGCUGCUCUGCGAGGAAGAGGAGUCGUGGGCGGGCCGGCGCAUCCCCGUGUCCCUCCUGUACUCGGGCCUGGCCAUCGGGGGCACGCUGGCCAACGGCAUGGUCAUCUAUCUCGUGUCGUCCUUCCGCAAGCUGCAGACCACCAGCAACGCCUUCAUCGUGAACGGCUGCGCCGCCGACCUCAGCGUCUGCGCCCUGUGGAUGCCGCAGGAGGCGGUGCUGGGGCUGCUGCCCGCGGGCUCCGCCGAGCCCCCCGGGGACUGGGGCGGCGCGGGGGGCAGCUACCGCCUGCUGCGCGGCGGGCUGCUGGGCCUGGGGCUCACGGUGUCCCUGCUGUCGCACUGCCUCGUGGCUCUGAACCGCUACCUGCUCAUCACCAGGGCGCCCGCCACCUACCAGGUGCUGUACCAGCGGCGCCACACGGCCGGCAUGCUGGCGCUGUCCUGGGCGCUGGCGCUGGCGCUGGUGCUGCUGCUGCCGCCCUGGGCGCCGCGAGAGCCCCGAAGUCGGCGCCCCGGACGCGGAGACGCGCGGGCACUCGCCGGCCGCUCACGGCAGCCGGCUUUGGAAGAAGCCUGCCCGACGUGGCCGUCCUGCGCGUCCUCCUGCAGCGCCGGGAGCGCCCUGGGUGCGCGCGAGCCGGAGGACCUAACCGGGAGGGAGCACCGUGCGGAAAGUAGCAGAAAGGGGCUUUUACCUCCGAGCACGCUCCGUUCUGUUUAA